AUGAACGAGUUAGUCAACGCCAACAAUUGGUACGUGCCGCCAUCACCCCCAUCGCAUACGACGCCUAGUCCGAGGGUGGCUAGCAACAUCGACAUAACAUCGUCAGUUAGCACUGAUGAGUACGAGAUUAGUGAUAUGGAGCCCGCUGAAGGGAGGGGCAAGGGCAAGAUUGCGGAUGAUGAGGGGCCGAAGAAGUAUAGUCCGCACGAGACAUUGUGGCUAGCCAAGAACUUCGUCGACGUCUCCGAGGAUCCUAUCAUCGGCAACCAGCAGAGCGGCAAGGUGUUCUGGCAGCGGAUUGUGGAGAAGUACAACGCUGGUUGUCCUAGAGGGUCGUUCGAGCGUAGCUACGUGAAGCUGCGCAAGCAUUGGAGUCGGGUCCAGAAAGAGAUGAACAAGUGGAAUGGCAAGUGGACCAACGUAAUCCGGAUGUGGCCGAGCGGGCACAUCGAGAUGGACCUCUUGGAGAAGGCCAAGGCGAAGUUCUUCGCUGACGGGAAGAAGCACUUCAAGCACUUUGCCGUUUGGAAGAUUGUCGAGAAGAGCCCGAAGUACACUGGUGGGACCGAACCGACAACAAGUGGGGCGUCGAAGAGAACCAAAGUUUCCACCGCCGGAAACUACUCUUCGAACGAAGGAGGUCCGACGAUCGACCUCAACGUGACGGACGACGACGUCUUCUUCUCAUCCCCUAGCACUCAAAGUCAUCCAAUGGGAACAAAGAUGUUAAAGAGGAAAGCGAAUGGGAAGACAACUGCGAGCUACUUCGCUAUGCCGCCACCGCCGCCCAAUCAGUCUCUGGAUAAGAUCUCCGAUUCUAUGUUGAGAAUAUUAAUAGCUUACUUGUACAAGGUUUUGACUAAAAGAUCUUCUGUAACCAUGAGUUUGUCGAUUAGUCUAUGA